AAAUUUCUUACAUUACAUAACAAAGCAUUCGUGUUUCAUCAGUUCGAUAGAUUCUCGUCUCGUCUCUUUUCGACUUACGACAAUCUGCAUAAUCCAAUUUGCGAAGAUCAGGAAGAAUUCAAGUCAAGCCGGUGAUAUCUUUAAUGGAAGAACAGUUCAUACUUAGGGUUCCACCGUCUGUUUCAGAACGAAUUGAUCGGCUUUUGAGCGACGAGGCUUCUACUUCCGACGAAAUCCCUUUGGAUUUGUGUUUCUCAGAGGACGGGAGAAACGGGACGUUUAUGAUUGGAAACGACGAGUUCCCGGCUUCUCUGCUUGAUCUUCCUGCAGUUGUUGAGUCUUGGAAAACUUAUGAUGAUUGUGCAUUAGUCAAAACUGCUGAUAUUGGGCAGAUGAUUAUGGUUAGGGAGCCGGGUGAUCCCGCGCCUAAUACAGUUGAAUACAGACAUGGUUUAACUCCUCCAAUGAAGGAUGCUCGAAAGAGAAGAUUUCGUCGAGAGCCUGACCUUAAUCCGGAGCUUGUACAGCGGGUUGAGAGAGACUUGUUGAAUAUCUUGAGUGGCGGAACGGUAGAAAAUGUAAAUGAGCAAGAGGAAGCAGCCGCGAAUGAGAAUGCUAGUAAUGAAAAUAAGAAAGUCUCGUCUUCACCUACACCUGCUGAAAAGCCUGAAGCUCCUGAGACAGGCACUAGUAAUCCAGCAGGAGUUGAGCCAGAGAGAAGUGAAUCAGAAGAUUCUGAUGAUUCAAUGUGAGUUUAUUACAUAAAGAGAUUUUUCUUACAGAAACUUAAGAGUUUGAGCAAGUCCUGUCUUAGAAAAUCAUGGAUAAUUAUGUCUCCAUGGUUUGAUGAUGUCUUCUUCAACCUUUUUCAAUGGAAAAGUUGUUGUGUUCAAAGUACUGAUAAAAGAAAAACCUAGACUUAAAGAACAAGAACAAUACACUGUUGAUGGUAAACCUAUCAAAAGCUGGAAUCUCAAUCAUCAUCGGCCGUCGCCUUCAUUAAAAAGUUUUGCUUCCUCCUUAAGAAAACAUCCUUUAAUGUAACACUCGCUACCCAAUUCUUAACCUGAGAUCAUGUCACCGACUUCGUUGUGCACAAAGUUAAAAGGCAUUAAAGGUUCCCGACCAAUAUAUUCAGCCAUUCGAAGAGAGACUGAUAAACUUUUCAAGUAAACAAUGAGACAGACGAAUCCAUACCCGUGAUCAGAAAUGUCGAAUUCAGAUGAGGAGUGUCUCGGAGGCCGUAUGUGAUGCUGCAGAAGAAUGGGGUUUCUUUCAAUGGAAGUUCUUGAAAACAUGAAAUCAGCUACUCACACUUUGGUGUAAUUAAGCUUUAAAAGUUUUUGGUUUCUUUCAAUGAUUUCGGUUUCUCCGUUAUAUAUAGGCUUUACAAGAUUUACGAGUUCGGUUUGGUUCAAAUGCGGAGGCCGGAGGUAGUAAGUAGUAUCUGUAUCUCUACAUUCAAAGAGACUCUCUCUGGGUCAGAAGUUUUGUUUCACAUUGACAUCACUAUGCAAUGGAAUGCCCCUUUUAAGGUUCUCUGCAUUCUCUUCUUCUUUGUGCCGUGUGGCAUUUCUCUUGUUGCAACAGCAAUGGCGACUGAAUCAAUUUGUCUCAAGCCCGUAUCUUUCGCAAGGUUGACGAAAAACCCAUCAAAUCAAUUUCGUAAAAGAAGAAAACUUUCCUCUCGAAUUCAUCGUUUUCGAUUCGGUGUAAUUUGCUCCAAGUCAUCUGAUUAUCAAGAUUUCCAGAGUUAUGCAACACCUUUGCGUUUGUUAUCAGCAGAAGAAGUGAAAGUUUGUAGAGGGAAUCCAUCUUUCACUGUGAGCGAAACUCGAUCUCUUUAUAAGGUUAAGCUAGAGACAAGUAAUUUGUUUGGUUCAGGGAUUAGUGAUAUGAAUGCUAGAGUUCUUAUAUGCUUGAUAGACGCAAAGGGCGAUUCGGUAUUACAGACAAUACCUGCGAAUUUGUCAUCUUUGGAUCCAGAGGUUGUGGAAAAUGGUGAAAGUUUCAGGUUUCAGAGAGGCUCUGUUGAUGAAUUCACAUUUGAAGGACCGAAACUCGACAAAAUCAGAGCUUUUUGGAUUGGUCUUGAGUCUGGUCAAUGGAGAAUUGGAAGAGUGAGCUUGCGGGUGGUUAAUCCUCGCGGUGAAGGACUUUCUCUUGGAGAAACCGAUGCAGAAACUUUCUGUUACCGAUAUGAUUUUGAAGUUGAUGAAAUCUUGCUUGGAGAGAGCAGUUACCUAUCAAUGGUGGAACUCAGACCUACCCGUAUUACUGAACUCGCCGACUCCGAUCAAAUCUCUUCGUUUACAGCUGUGGAUCUUGACCGUACAACGGUUUCCAAUGAGGAAAGCAUGGAAGAAUACGCAAACUUGAAACGCUCUCUGCUUCUCUAUGAUGCGAUUCUCACCCUUCUUGGAAGUUUGGUCUUUUCCUUCUCACUUGGUGAAAACUCCGCCAUUGCUUUCUUCUUCGGUGGAACAAUGGGAUUUUUCUACUUGCUGCUCUUACAGAGAUCAGUCGAUGAAUUGCAAGCACCGGGAUCUUCUUCAUCAGAAAACUCCAAUAAAAUACUCAGUGGACUCAAUAUUCCGGUUUGGAGCCUUGCACUGGCCAUAGGAUUGACUGUUUUAGCCGUGAGAGGUCACAUUGGAGGAGAUCUCACUGCAUUUGCAGUCACACCAAAAGAGAUAGUGGUGGGUACUUUGGGGUUUCUCGUAUGCAAAGUAGCCGUUGUUUUGGCUGCGUUUAAGCCCUUGAAGGAUGGUUCUUAACUCUUACGAGAACCAGUGAUCUGUGUUUGUACAUGACUUCGUUGUAUAUAACAACUAUGUAAGAAGAAUAGAGACAUCACAUAAAAAUAAAAUAGAUAUCAAUUUUUAUAGAUCA